GCGUUAAACGAGUAAAUUACAUUAGAUAUAUUUAUGUGACUGAGUUUGGAAUUAAUAGUGACUUCAUAUUAAAUUACAUUUAUUUAUUUAAUUUUUCAUAAUUUUUAAAACAUGACAACUCUUAGACCUUUUACAUGUAAUGAUUUGUUCAAAUUUAACAAUGUAAAUUUAGAUCCUCUGACAGAAACAUAUGGACUUUCUUUUUAUACAUAUUAUCUAGCACAUUGGCCAGAAUAUUUUCAAGUAGCAGAAUCACCAAGUGGAGAAAUUAUGGGUUAUAUUAUGGGAAAAGCAGAAGGACAAGGGGAAAAUUGGCAUGGUCAUAUAACAGCUCUUACAGUUUCACCUAAUUAUAGAAGAUUAGGUUUAGCUGCAAUGUUAAUAGAAUUUUUAGAGAAGGUUUCAGAAAAGAAACAAGCAUAUUUUGUAGAUCUCUUUGUAAGAGUUAGUAAUAAAGUAGCAAUCAAAAUGUAUCAGCAAUUGGGAUAUAUUGUAUAUAGAACUGUUUUAGAAUAUUAUAAUGGAAAUCCAGAUGAAGAUGCUUUUGAUAUGAGAAAAGCACUAUCUAGAGAUGUAAAGAAAAAAUCAGUAAUACCACUAACUCAUCCUGUAAGACCUGAAGAAAUAGAUUGAAUAAUGUAAAUAUAUUAUUAUGGACUUAAUAUAAAUUAAAUUAUGGUUUAUGGGAAAUUUAAGAAAUAUUAUUGUGAUAAAGUUUUUAAUAUAAUAUGUAAAAUAAAUAAAUAGUCUUUUAAAGUAUAGAUCCGAGCAGUUUAUUUCUUUUUCUGUACAAUAGUACAAUGCUUUUCGCGUACACCGCUCGUGCCUUUAUGCAUCAUUUUAUGCGAAUAAAUAAUAAAUAGAAAUAUAAGAUGGUAGGCUCAGUAGAAUAUUCCAUAGCAGCCAAACGAUCGCAGGAAGUUUCUACGAUUGUAGCCUUUAUCAGCUGCCAUUUUUUCAUUCUAUUAUAUUUAGAAACUUAAAUCUAAGUGAUAUUUACAGA